GCUGCAACCACAGCAAAGCUCACUCCUGCCCAACCCUGCCCCUCACUCCCUCACCCCCUCUACCUUCACCCUUCACUAUGGGACCAGCUUCAGGGCCCCAGCUGCUGCUGCUUCUGUUGCUGGCCGCCUCCCCCCUGGUUUUGGGGGCUCCCAUGUUUUCCAUUAUCACCCCCAAUGUCUUGCGGCUGGAGAGUGAAGAGACCAUCGUGCUGGAGGCCCAUGAAGCACAGGGUGAUAUCCCAGUCACAGUCACUGUGCACGACUUCCCAAAGAAGCAGGUGCUGACCAGCGAGAAGACAGUGCUGACAAGCGCCACUGGAUACCUAAGCAGCAUCACCAUCAAGAUUCCAGCCAGUAAGGAGUUCCAGUCAAAUAAGGGGCAAAAGUAUGUGACAGUGGUGGCGAGCUUUGGGGCAACGAUGGUGGAGAAAGUGGUGCUGGUGAGCUUCCAGAAUGGGUACCUCUUCAUCCAGACAGACAAGACCAUCUACACCCCAGGCUCCACUGUCCUCUAUAGGGUCUUCACUGUGGACAACAAGCUACUGCCUGUGGCCCGGACAGUCGUCAUCAUCAUUGAGACCCCUGAUGGUGUGCCCAUCAAGAGAGACACUCUGUCUUCCCACAACCAGUAUGGCAUCUUGUCUUUGUCUUGGAACAUCCCAGAACUGGUCAACAUGGGGCAGUGGAAGAUCCGAACCUUCUACGAGCACUCACCACAGCAGAUCUUCACUGCAGAGUUUGAGGUGAAGGAGUAUGUGCUGCCCAGUUUCGAGGUCCUGGUGGAGCCUGCAGAGAAAUAUUAUUACAUCGAUGACCCAAAGGGCCUGGAAGUUUCCAUCACAGCCAGGUUUCUGUACGGCAAGAAUGUGGACGGGAUGGCCUUCGUGAUCUUUGGGGUCCAGGAUGGUGAUAAGAAGAUUUCUCUGGCCCAUUCCCUCACACGCGUAGUGAUAGAGGACGGUAUGGGGGAUGCAGUGCUGAAACGACAGGUGCUGCUGGAUGGGGUACAGCCCUCCAACGCUGAUGCCCUGGUGGGGAAGUCCCUGUACGUCUCCGUCACUGUCAUCCUGCACUCAGGGAGCGACAUGGUAGAGGCAGAGCGCAGUGGGAUCCCAAUCGUUGUUUCCCCUUAUGAGAUCCACUUCACCAAGACGCCCAAAUACUUCAAGCCAGCCAUGCCCUUUGACCUCAUGGUGUUUGUGACCAACCCUGAUGGUUCUCCAGCUCGCGGAGUGCCAGUAGUCACUCAGGGAUCUGAUGCACAGGCUCGCACCCAAGAUGACGGUGUAGCCAAACUGAGCGUCAACACGCCCAACAACCGCAAUGCCCUGAGCAUCACGGUCCGCACCAAGAAGGAAGGUAUCCCAGAAGCACGACAGGCAACUAAGACCAUGCAGGCACAGCCCUAUGGCACUAUGCACAACUCCAACAACUACCUACACCUGUCAGUGUCUCGUGUGGAGCUCAAACCAGGCGACAACCUCAAUGUCAACUUCCACCUUCGCACAGACCCCGGCCAAGAUGCCAAGAUCCGCUACUACACCUACCUGGUUAUGAACAAGGGGAAGCUACUGAAGGCAGGCCGCCAGGUUCGGGAGCCUGGCCAGGACCUAGUGGUCUUGUCCCUGCCCAUCACUCCAGAUUUCAUCCCCUCCUUCCGCCUGGUGGCGUACUACACCCUGAUUGGAGCCAGUGGCCGGAGAGAAGUGGUGGCCGACUCUGUGUGGGUAGAUGUAAAGGAUUCCUGUGUAGGCACGCUGGUGGUGAAGGGUGACCCAAGAGAUAACCGACAGCCUGCACCUGGGCAGCAAACAACACUCAGGAUCGAGGGAAAUCAGGGGGCCCGCGUGGGGCUGGUGGCCGUGGACAAGGGUGUGUUUGUGCUGAAUAAGAAGAACAAACUUACCCAGAGCAAGAUCUGGGAUGUGGUAGAGAAGGCAGACAUCGGCUGCACCCCAGGCAGUGGGAAGGACUAUGCGGGUGUCUUCAUGGAUGCAGGCCUGUCCUUCAAGACAAGCGAAGGCCUGCAGACUGAUCAGAGAACGGACCCUGAGUGUGCCAAGCCAGCUGCCCGCCGCCGACGCUCAGUACAGUUGAUGGAAAGGAGGAUGGACAAAGCGGGUCAGUACAGAGACAAGGUUCUGCGGAAGUGUUGUGAGGAUGGCAUGCGCGAUAUCCCUAUGAAGUUUUCCUGCCAGCGCCGGGCACGCUUCAUCUCCCAGGGGGAGAACUGUGUGAAGGCUUUCAUAGACUGCUGCAACUACAUCAACGAGCUUCGUCGGAAACACCAGCGAAACCAAGUGUUGGGCCUGGCCAGGAGUGACAUGGAUGAAGACAUAAUUCCAGAAGAAGAUAUUAUCUCCCGAAGCCAAUUUCCAGAGAGCUGGUUGUGGAUCAUAGAGGAGUUGAAAGAACCAGAGAAAAACGGAAUCUCCACAAAGGUUAUGAACAUCUUUCUCAAAGACUCCAUUACCACCUGGGAGAUUUUGGCAGUGAGCUUGUCGGACAAAAAAGGGAUCUGUGUGGCGGAUCCCUAUGAGAUCAUCGUGAUGCAGGACUUCUUCAUUGACCUGAGGCUACCCUACUCUGUGGUGCGCAAUGAGCAGGUGGAGAUCAGAGCUGUGCUCUUCAACUACCGUGAGCAGGACAAACUCAAGGUGAGGGUGGAGCUGUUACACAACCCAGCCUUCUGCAGUCUGGCCACUGCCAAGAAACGACACUACCAGAUUAUCGAAAUCCCUCCCAAGUCCUCUGUGGCUGUGCCUUAUGUCAUUGUCCCCUUGAAGAUCGGCCUCCAAGAGGUGGAGGUCAAGGCUGCUGUCUAUGGCCACUUCAUCAGCGAUGGUGUCAAGAAGACACUGAAGGUGGUGCCAGAAGGAAUGAGAGUCAACAAAACUGUGGCCAUCCGCACACUGGAUCCAGAGCACCUUGGCCAAGGGGGAGUGCAGAGGGAGAAUGUGCCUGCUGCAGACCUCAGUGACCAAGUGCCAGACACGGACUCAGAGACCAGAAUUCUCCUGCAAGGGACCCCAGUGGUUCAGAUGGCGGAGGAUGCAGUGGAUGGAGAGCGGCUGAAACACCUGAUCGUGACCCCCUCAGGCUGUGGGGAGCAGAACAUGAUUGGCAUGACGCCCACAGUCAUUGCAGUCCACUACCUAGACCAGACAGAACAGUGGGAGAAGUUUGGCCUGGAGAAGAGGCAAGAGUCCCUGGAGCUCAUCAAGAAAGGGUAUACCCAGCAGCUGACUUUCAAACAGCCCAGCUUUGCCUAUGCUGCCUUCAACAACCGGCCACCCAGUACCUGGCUGACAGCCUACGUGGUCAAGGUCUUCUCUCUGGCCGCCAAUCUCAUCGCCAUCGACUCUCAGGUCCUUUGUGGGGCUGUUAAAUGGCUGAUUCUGCAGAAACAGAAGCCAGACGGUGUCUUUCAGGAGGAUGGACCCGUGAUUCACCAAGAGAUGAUUGGUGGAUUCCGGAAUACCAAGGAGGCCGAUGUGUCCCUCACAGCCUUCGUCCUCAUCGCACUGCAGGAAGCCAGAGAAAUCUGCGAAGGGCAGAUCAACAGCCUUCCCGGGAGCAUUAACAAGGCAGGGGAGUACAUCGAAGCCAGUUACCUGAACCUGCAGAGACCAUACACGGUGGCCAUUGCUGGGUAUGCCCUGGCCCUGAUGGGAAAACUAGAGGAACCUUACCUCAGCAAGUUUCUGAACACAGCCACAGAGCGGAACCGCUGGGAGGAGCCUGGCCAGAAGCUCUACAAUGUAGAAGCCACAUCCUAUGCCCUCCUGGCCCUGCUGCUGCUGAAAGACUUCGACUCUGUGCCUCCUGUGGUCCGCUGGCUCAAUGAGCAAAGAUACUAUGGAGGCGGCUACGGCUCCACACAGGCCACCUUCAUGGUAUUCCAAGCCUUGGCCCAAUAUCAAACAGAUGUGCCUGACCACAAGGACUUGAACAUGGAUGUGUCCUUCCACCUCCCCAGCCGCAGCUCCCCAACCAUGUUCCGCCUGCUCUGGGAAACUGGCAGCCUCCUACGAUCAGAAGAGACCAAACAAAAUGAGGCCUUCUCUCUAACAGCCAAAGGAAAAGGCCAAGGCACAUUAUCGGUAGUGACAGUGUAUCAUGCCAAAGUCAAAGGCAAAGUCAAAUGCAAGAAGUUUGACCUCAGGGUCACCUUAGAACCAGCCCCUGACACAGUCAAGAAGCCCCAGGAGGCCAAGAGUACUAAGAUUCUUAGCAUCUGCACCAGGUACCUGGGAGAUGUGGAUGCAACCAUGUCUAUCCUGGACAUCUCCAUGAUGACUGGGUUUAUUCCGGACACAAACGACCUGGAAGUGCUGAGCAAAGGAGUGGACAGAUACAUCUCCAAGUAUGAGAUGACUAAAGCCUACUCCACCAAGACUACCCUCAUCAUCUACCUAGAAAAGAUAUCACACUCAGAAGAAGAAUGUCUGUCCUUCAAAGUCCACCAGUUCUUUAAUGUGGGACUUAUCCAGCCCGGCUCAGUCAAGGUCUACUCCUAUUACAACCUGGACGAAUCAUGCACCCAGUUUUACCAUCUGGAUAAAGAGGAUGGAAUGCUGAGCAAGCUCUGCCACAACGAAAUGUGCCGCUGUGCUGAGGAGAACUGCUUCAUGCAUCAGGCACAGGAGAAGGUCAGCCUGAAUGAGCGACUGGAGAAGGCUUGUGAGCCCGGAGUGGACUACGUGUACAAGACCAAGCUAGUCACAACAGAGCUGUCUGAUGAUUUUGAUGAGUACAUCAUGACCAUUGAGGAGGUCAUCAAGUCAGGCUCAGAUGAGGUGCAGGCAGGGCAGGAACGCAGAUUCAUCAGCCACAUCAAGUGCAGAGAAGCCCUAAAGCUGCAGAAAGGGAAGCAUUACCUCAUGUGGGGCCUGUCCUCCGACCUCUGGGGAGAAAAGCCCAACACCAGCUACAUCAUCGGGAAGGACACAUGGGUGGAGCUCUGGCCCGAGGCCGAAGAAUGCCAGGAUGCAGAGAACCAGAAACAGUGCGAAAACCUCGGGGCGUUCACAGAGACCAUGGUGGUCUUUGGCUGCCCCAACUGACCACAGACCAGCCCUCCAAUAAAGCUUCAGUUGUAUUUCA